GAGAAACGCAGGUCCAGUCCAGCCCAAAACAAAAAAGCCCUCAAAAUUGCACAUUAUAACAGCAUCCUUUUUAGGGUUUUGGACGAUCCUCUCUUUCUAACUGGUGAUAGUCGCUGCUCGAGAAGAGAACUUUCACGCCUCUGAAUCGUCCUCCCAAUUCUCAAGCGCAACCAUGAUUAUCCCAGAGAAGAAUCGCAAGGAGAUUUGCAAAUACCUCUUCCAAGAGGGUGUUUGCUAUGCUAAGAAGGACUACAACCUUGCAAGGCAUCCUGAUAUCAAUGUCCCCAAUCUACAAGUGAUUAAGCUCAUGCAGAGUUUUAAGUCAAAGGAGUAUGUCCGUGAGACCUUUGCUUGGAUGCACUAUUACUGGUACUUGACUAACGAUGGUAUUGAGUUCCUGAGGACUUACCUCAACCUUCCAUCAGAGAUUGUCCCUGCUACUUUGAAGAAGCAGAUGAAGCCUGGUGGUCGCCCAAUGGGACCUCCUGGUGACCGUCCACGUGGUCCUCCUAGAUUUGAUGGUGACCGCCCAAGAUUCGGUGACCGAGAGGGCUACCGUGCAGGUCCUCGGGGGCCACCAGGAGAAUUCGGUGGCGACAAGGGUGGAGCUCCUGCCGACUAUCAGCCUUCAUUUGGCGGUGGCAGGAGGCCUGGCUUUGGCCGUGGUGCUGGAGGUUUUGGUGGUGGUGCACCUGGAGCACCUGGAGCACCUGAUGCCUCUGGUUCUUUUGCUUAGAGAAACUUUGUAUGGAAUACAUGGAUCAUAUUAGUGGUUUCUUUAUUAGCAUAAGGGUACAAUUUUUUAAGAAUUUUUAGAUGUUGCAUUUGUUUUGUUUGCUCAUUUAUAUUUUGUGGAAGUUACAAGAGCUAGUAGUAAUUAUAGCUAUUGGCGGUCGUUUUUUGAAACACCUCAACUCUUCCUCCUAAGCGAGGACUCCAUUUUUCUUUUAUAAUGUCAUGUCUUAUACUCCUGGUAUGUUACAUCAUCGUUGGUCUA